CCCACUUUGGUUAUCACAACUAAAACAACAAUUGGUUCGAGAUAAGCAUCUCCCCGCCUUCAAACGCGGUAAGGAAACUUGUAUCUCAAUUAUUUUGACUUCAAGGUCCUCUCAAAUCGACUUUGAGAUGUUUCGCAACACGCAGCUUUCUUCUGGAAACUUCUACUCUGUUCGUGUUGUUCUCCGCGUGACCGAUUCCGAACCACAUUCAAUGCGAGAAUGACCAGGCCUAUCAUCCAACGACUACCUUACUCUGCACCUAGGGAAGACUUCAUCGAUGCCCUAAAACGAGAUGGGUGUGUGAUAGUCCAGGGCUUCACCACAUUGGAAACGUUAGAGGAAGCAAGACAGGAAGUUCAACCAUGGCUGGAGAAAGAACAACAACGGAGCAAGCUGGGUGCCCUCAAUGGCGGAACUCGCACUUGUACACGUCUUAUCGGGCGCAGCAAGACCGUGCGCGAGAAAUUCUUCUCCGAUCCGUUGUACCAGGACCUAGCCGAAGAGUUCCUCGCGAUCACGACAACCAACUGGUACGGCGACGAGCCGUCUACUAACACCACUCACCCGCUUCUUUCAAUCGCCAUCACAAUGGAAAUCCGACCAGGGGCGAAAGCGCAGAAGCUUCAUCGCGACGACAAGAACCAUCAUGCCAGACAUGCUCGUGUUGAUGCGUACCACGCGAACCGCGAUAUGCUUUUCGGCUUGUUUGUUCCCGGGUGCGAUACUCGUCGUGCGAAUGGAGCCACGCGUGUGGUCCCGGGUAGCCACCUUUGGGGCGAUGAGAUGCCGGAGUUUGGCCCUAAUGGCGACACGGGUCUUGUCGACGCUGAGCUACAGGCCGGCGAAGCUAUGAUCAUGUUGGGCAGUCUCUACCAUGGAGGCGGGGAGUUCUUCGAGUCUUCAGGAGGACGAAUGAUGCACAUUAUAUUUAUGUGCAGCGGAAUUUAUCGUCAGGAGGAAAUAUCGUACCUUUCGUAUCCGAUUGAGGAUGUGCGGACAUACUCAAAGUUGGUGCAACAGCGGUUGGGUUGGAAGCAAUCCGAGCCGAACCUGGGAUGGGUCGAUCUGGUCUCUCCCGAUGCCUUGUUGUGAUGACCUGCACCGCUUGGAGUGUCUUUAGGUAACCGCGUAAGGAAUCAGACUUGUCAGUUAUAUCUGGGCAGUUCGUUG